CUGGCUACUCAGGAGAUCUCAAAGACGCAGAUGCUAAAUUCUGAGAUCGCAAUGAAGGAUGCCUUCCGUAUCAAGUUGCAACAAAUCUUUGAAAAUCUCCAAUCUCCGGAUCUAGAGAACCCUUUGCCUUCUGUAGAGCUCGCUAGUUUUGGCAGUCUCAGUUCCGGCUUUGCCACUGCUGGUUCGGAUAUGGAUUUGGCCAUCGUCACCUCCUCUGAGCAUGACUUGAGCCAGCAUUUUUCUCCGCAUGAGAACGGCCUCGCCCGAGUUCUUGAAAAGCAGCUACUCGAACACGGUAUUGGCGCUCGCUUACUUACCCGUACGCGUGUGCCAAUCAUCAAAAUCUGUGAACAACCAACACCGGAACUCUUGGACGCUCUCCGGGAAUCUCGCGAGAAGUGGGACAACCUGCCUGAAGACGAGAAGUAUUCCACUUCCAAGCCGUCCGCCGAUGAAACAAACUCCAAGAAAGGCACUACUGAUACUCGAGCUCUGCCCUCUCAGCCUGAGUCUCCGAGCGAGGGCGCUCAGUCUUCCGUGCAGGAUGGUGUGGUCUCUCAAGAAGAACCACCAGCAGACGAAAACACACAACAGCCUCACCAGGAGCAGUCACAAGACAAACAGGCGAAUCGUCAACGAAACGACAGAAGUUGGCGUCGCGAGAAGGCCGCUGGUCCUCUAGACUUCCCUAGUGAUGGUGUCGGCAUACAAUGCGAUAUCAAUUUCUUCAACCCUCUAGGUAUUCACAACACCCAGAUGUUGCGAUGCUACUCAAAGUGCGAUCCCAGAGUCCGGCCCAUGGUGCUGUUCAUCAAGUCGUGGGCUAAGCGAAGAAAGAUCAACUCUUCCUACUCAGGCACCUUGUCAUCGUAUGGUUAUGUGCUGAUGGUCCUGCAUUACCUCAUCAAUGUCGCACGUCCGCCUGUUCUACCCAAUCUACAACACGAGGCCGAGGCUGAUGGUGUACCGCCCACUAUGAUCGAUGGUCACGAAGUUUGCUUUUUCGAUAGGGAAGACAUAAUCGAAACUCGUGCCAGCCAAGGUGUUGUCACCCAGAACAAGGAGUCCCUCGGCAGCUUGCUCGUUGGCUUUUUCAGGUACUACGCCGUUAAUUCAGGCGGUUUCUUCUGGACGCGUGAUGUGCUCAGCUUGCGAACCCAGGGCGGCCUACUAUCCAAGGACCAAAAGGGCUGGACGGGUGCAAAGACCGAACACAACGAGAGUAAGGAAGUGCGCCACCGCUAUCUCUUUGCCAUCGAGGAUCCUUUCGAGACUACACACAAUGUUGCGCGAACUGUCACGCACAAUGGCAUUGUGGCUAUCAGAGAUGAGUUCCGUCGUGCAUGGCGCAUCAUUCUUGCUGUUGGUCGCAGAGAUGAGCCUGAAGGCGGCCUUUUUGACGAAUUGACUGAAGCCGAA